AUGCAAAUCCUUCGCAUUUUCUCUGUGCUUCUUAGCCUCGCAAUAGCAACAGCCUUACCAGUCCCUGAGUCUGCCAACGAAAUUUUCAACAGCCCACAAUUAUCUGGACGGAACAGAUGUCUUUACAACACUCCUAUUACAUGUUCCAACAACAACGGAUGUCCUUCAAACGGCGGCUGUGCUUCUGCUGGUGUCUGCUUCUAUGACUGCUAA